GGAGACAGAGUGAACGGAGAGCCGGUAUGCCGAUGUAAUUCCCUGUUUUUCCAGCUCAAAUGAUCACGGCCACAGUGUUGAUUAUUGGGUGUACGUUUAGGCCAUGAUAUCUGAGGGUGUUCGUGAUGAGGAAUCUUUCACUGACAGGGUGUCACGAGACAGACGACUGGCAGACGUGAAACGCGGGGCUGGAUACACUCGGACUAUCGACACACUGGCGGACAGGCAAUGGAACGCUCACGCAGGGCGCCCAAUAGCUGAGAACCCCAAAGUUAAAAAUGUCCUACAGUUUCACAGUCGAGCUGUGCAUAAAGAUUCCCCUAAUACACCCGCUAUGUCACAAGUGAAGUUCCAACGUUCGCCAGCUCCACCUUUAACUGGAUUACAACUUGCGUCACAGCCCUUUAACACCUGGGGAACAAGCAACUGCGAGUUUGACAAGAAGCUGAUGCCGGACAACAAAUUGAGUGUGGGGCUUCCAAAACGUGGAGUGGUGAUGAGUAGAGUUGCCGGAAGUCAACGAGAUAGACCUUUCAGGACAAAUACGAACUUCAGAUCUCGUAAUGGAACUAUCAGAAUAAUCGAACCGUUACAACCCCUGCCGCCAAGGGACCAACGAAUGAAACAACUGUCUGAGUUCGAUCCUGAAGCAGUGGAACGUGAGAAGACCUAUCUUAUGUUGAGGCGGAUUGACCAAAUUUUGCAUCCUGCCAAGAUGUUUUUCAGAAGCGAGGUCAGUUCCUCGGAAAUUGAGAUAGUGUCUCAGAAUGAGGAGAGUGUCGGAGACAGAGUGGGUAGAUCCGACCAGGUUUCUUCUCAACAACCAAAACAUGGACUACGCCGUGAGAGACUAGCCGAUAGGAAAGCAGGACGCAAGACACAGAAACGGUGUGAUGGACGGUACAGUUACUCUCUGACUCCUGUCAUUGAUCAGUUAGAAAAGAGUGAGUUAGAUGCUUAUAGGAAGUGCCAAAUAUGGAUUGACAGAUGUUCGACAUUCCCUCAAUAAACUCGCAGUGUGUAAGUUAUUUACGCAAGUCAUCUUGCACCUCUGGGCAUGCUUGAGUCCCUUGUGUUUGGAGACUGAUGGUGGCGGUAAUCGGGAAUAAUAAUAAUAAUAAUAAUAUUAAUAUUAAUAAUAUGUCCAUUAAUUAUGCGCCAGAUUCUAUUCAUCAAGUUAAACCAUUAUUACCCCGAUCCAUGGAUCCGUGUUUUCAUUCUCAGCUUCCUGGGGAGUAUACAACUGAAGCUGUCUGUGAGGCGCUAUAAGGUUAACAGUAACAUUACCGUCUCAUCCUACCGGGUACCCAUUUCCUGAAGGGAAACAGAGGCAUAUUACGAACAAAGUCUCUUACCAGAGUAGCCUAGUGGUUAAAGCGUUCGCUCGACACGCCGAAGACACGGGUUCGAUUCCCGACAUGGGUACAAUGUGUGGUGUCCCCCGCCGUGAUAUUGCUGGGAUAUUCCUGAAAGCGGCGUAAAACCAUGCUCACUCACUCUUACCAGAGGAGACAGCACGCGUAACGUAGUACGCGAAUUCUGCAAUGUGACUGUUCAUAGUUAAUGCGAAAUGUAGACAAUAACGUGUAUCAACCAUAAAGUCUACCAAAAG